AUGACCAAUGCUGAAAGAGCCCUCAAGCUGUUGAUGCUAAUCCUCGCGGCCAUAUACCAGACGUCGACCGAUAUGAGCAAGGCUUAUGGCAUACCUAUGAAGUCAUUCCUUACUGACAAGUCUCGCUAUCCUGCUUUUGAUCUUGAGGGCCCAGAGAUCACUGCAGAGCGCUUCGCUUGCCAGCUUGAUGUCACUGACGCCCUGAUUCGGCGGACACAAGUUACCGUCGUCAUCUGCAACGCCGAGAUGUGCGGAGUCGAUGGGCUCUGCUUCGACUCGUUUGAUGAAGAUGCUCCUGGCACCUCAGAUAGGCGUGGCAUGGGGUUCGGGUCUGUGAAGGCGCGAGACACCCUCCUCGACACAUCUCCUGCAGAACAUCACGGCGCUCUCGAGAAGCGCGAUAACAUGGACGUUGAGUUUGAGUGUGUAGACUCGGCGAAUCCCAACGGCAAGAAAAUCAAGUGGAGGAAGAGGCCGUGGACUAGCGCUGGCCAAUGGCCUUCCAAUAAUCCCAUCUACGACAAUGCCCUGACACACAUGUACGAGGAACACUGCUCCAUGACUAAUCUCCGAGUUUCCCAGCUGCCAGAUGGCGAGUACUAUGCCAGUAAGUCGACGAUGACUCUCUCUUGCAUGCUAUAG